GUGAGAUUUGUGAUUGUAUUUGACCUCUCUGCAUUUCUGCGUUCCUUUUCGAUACAACAGACGAAUUUUCCCACCGCUGCCCUCAUUACGCUCUCUAACCACUCCAUCGCGGAGAUAAACAUAAGACCAACUUGCCUCCGGCUCAUACAAAUCUAUCUGCUUCAUUCAUACGCCACGGCCCACCUAGAUCAUCAAACGCAGAGACCUGACCUUACGCCUUGUGUCACUGCUUUGUGCUCUUCUGAAAGACCACCCCCCUCGUCCGACUAUUCUCAACAUAAUAGCAUCGAGCCUAUUCCAUCAACCCGACCCCACAAUUGGAGACCCCAUCCAACCAUACUCAAGAUGCCCGCAAUCAUGACUCUUCUCAAGCGAGACGACAACAUGGGGUUCGCCAUCCAUCCAGCCCUGAUCGUUCUGUGUGUUAUGCUCGGCGCCGCGCUUAUGGUCACUUGCGGAGCAGGAGUGCAUCGAAUGUACGGCGUGCGAGUUGAGGACCGGGCACAUAUGGUACGCUCAGUAGAGCAAGAGUCAUAUAUGCGGGAAGUUCGUGACAGGAAUCUGGAAGGACUUAUGCAUGAAGGCAGGAGAAGUCACUUCAAGCAUCCGAGACCACCAGUAAACAGGGGGUGAGUUAUGUUAGCCUAUUCGAUUUCGGAUUGUCUCGACGACGACUGACGAUCCCCCAAGGGCCUCGCCGUACUCGGAAGCCUGAGCGAAUUGUAUCGAAACCUGAACGAGGCUAUCGAUGUCGCGCCGUAUUCUACUGGUACAUAUUAAGCAAUCCCAAGGAGAAUUUGCUGUUUUCGAGGAGCAAGAUACACUGGAAGUGCGGUCUGGUUGGACAUGUUAAGGGUUAUUGGCGUUUCGUGGAUACAACUGGUCAUGGAAAGGCCAUCUUUACUUGGUUGGAAUAGAUA